CCCUGUCGAUGACGUCACAGGAGGAGGACGGCUCCACCUGCCUGCACCACGCGGCCAAGAACGGGAACCUGGAGAUGGUGGAGCUGCUGCUGGGAACCGGACAGGUGGACGUCAACGCCCAGGACAACGGCGGCUGCACCCCGAUCAUUUGGGCGGCCGAGCACAAACACAUCGAGGUCAUUCGGCGACCGCUGACCCGAGGGGCCGACGUCACCCUGACCGACAACUUUUUCCAGAAUUUAUUGAUAAUUUAGCAAUCAAGCAGGGAUGGCACCCCGUUCUUGAAAAGAUGGCUAUGGAAAAACCUGCGUCUAACAACACAUACC